AUGGUCAGUCCCACCCGGUCCUUUUACGAUCCUGACGAGCACCGGUCUGACGAAGGGAAUGUAAUCCUUGUCACACAAUCAACCUCUAUACAUCGACGUCAUAAUUCCGCCCGAUCGAUAAAAGAAUGCAGAAGGUUGAAGCUGAAAUGCGAUCGACAGCAGCCGUGCAGUAGCUGCGUCAGGAGAGAAUGCGAAGAUAUUUGUCGACAAAAGACAGGAGAUCGCUCAAACACGAAUACGAGAGAUUCCGGGUUGGGGGUCCGUUCGGAUUCGAUGGACCCUCUCGGAACUCGGAACUAUACUGGGAAUGGGAAUGCCGAUUCUUCCUCUUCACUAGCGAAUCCGAAUGCAAAUCCCCCAACGAUUAUACAGGAAGAAACAGCACGGAUCUACUCUACAGCUCCACCUCCAGUUUUAGCUUUAGCUUUACCUGAACAUACGAAUACGAAUGCGGAUGCGGGACAGGAUUAUACUUCUACUCCUUAUCCGUUUAGACAGGUUACGCCUUCGGCUUCUAGUUCGUUUUCCGCUCAACAACAACCACAGAAUCGUUAUCAACCUCCGCAUCAUUAUCAACACCAACAACAGACUUCAAAGAGGAUCAUCGCGGAGAUGCCUCGUUCGGCGCAUCGACAACCACAAUUACAACCACAUACAUUCCCCCGACCUUCUUACAUGAACGACCUACAAGCACAUCAGGGUACAAUUGCAGGGUUGUUCCCGUACGAACUCCCAAGUGCAAGUGGAAGUACAAGUGGGAGAAACGGAGGAGGAGGAGGGAAUGCUAUCGAGGUGACGAUAGACCCAUCGGCGGAGGAAGAAGGGCAUAGUCAUGGGACUCUGGUCAUCUCGAAGUCGGGCCGGUCGAAGUAUUUAGGGAGGACCGCUGCGAGUGAAUGGUUGAAGAAUCAAGAAACGGCAGAAUCUGGCGACUCGCCUCCUCCCGUAUCUCAAAUGCCAUCCCCUCGCCUGGACUCGGAUUUACACCUCUUAUCAUCAACAUCAGGGGAACCGUUCGGACAAAACCCUCUGGGCGCGUUCGUAGGGUUUCCUUUCAACACGGCUUCGAGGAGCAUCUCGACGUCGACGAUCUUGGGCGUGUUGCCACCGCGACACGAGGCCAAGGUGUUGAUCGAUACGUAUUUCAGACAUUUUUCGUGGCACUUCAACAUCGCCCCCAGAUCACUCGUCGACUCGAUAACCGAAAAAGCAUACGCACCAUCCGGUGAGAGGCGGGACGUCCUGGCCCAACAACUGGCUCUACUCUUCGUCAUCCUCGCAGUGGGGUCGUACUACAACCUAGAACUGUCGCCGGACGAUUCCACCGUCGAAGCUUAUAUCCGAGUCUCUCAGGCUUGUCUGGCGAAAGGCGACUUUUUGGCGAACAAUACGACGGCGGGUAUACAGACUUUGGUGAUCGGGCCUUUCACAGGGAAGGACAUCCACAGCUCAUUCCAGAUCCUGUCUGACCGAUCAUACAGGAGCACAGAUUCUGGCAAGAACGGGGAUUCGGCAUGGCCCCUUUGGGGUCUGACGGCGCAGAUGAGUCUGGCUAUGGGUUUGCAUCGUGAUGGAGCGAGAUGGAAUCUUCCGGAACACGCGAUAGAAGAACGAAGACGGGUAUUCUGGGAGAGUCAUUCGACCGAGAUCAUGUCGUGCAACUGUUUCUCCAGACCCGGGAUCAUCAAUCCGGAACAUGUCGAUACGGCUUAUCCCAAUCUGAUCCCGGGAGACCUCGAACCUUUUCAUCGCGCCAAAUACGAGUUAUCGCACCUGUUCGCAGCCGUAUUGGACUACUCGUCCAGAGUGAAAACUCCGCCUUACUCGGUCUGCCUAGAGCUGCACGCAAAUGCUUGCGCAUACGAGAGGGAUGUCCCGUUCGAGCUAAGGUGUCGGCCGGUACUCUGCGCCUUGCCUUCCGCCUAUCCUGCUCCCGAGGCGGCGAUGGCUGCAUCCCCGCCUGUCGACAAGAGGAACCUGCAUCUGACAUUCCAACAAUUCACCUUGGCGAUGAACAUAUCCGAGCUCAUCGUGUUUCUCAAUCGACCAUAUUUCGCACAAGCGCUUCACGAUUCGCCCGGAGACCCUACUCGAUCGAGAUACGGUCAAUCUUACCUUGCGGUAGUUGAACGAUGCAAUGCUAUCGUCACCAUCGCUACGAAUCUGCACGCCUUAUACCCUCACGCUGCAGGUCGGCACUGGUGGAUCUGGUAUCAUGCUUUUAGCUCCGCCAUUUGUAUGGGUACUCUGGUACUCAAGAACCCGCAAAACAUGCUCUGCAGUUUCGCCAUCACCUUGAUCGACAACGUCAUCAACGUCUACCAAGCGGUAGUAUCGUCCCGCAAUUCACCUCGAAUGGUCAAGAAUCUUCAUUGGUUGCGAAGGCUUCGCGAGCGUCUGGACGUGAGGAUGGCUCAGACUCCCGAAGAACAGAACGGCAACACCGGCGACUCGACGCAUGGGGAUGGGGACGACCACGAGGAAUUGCUGGGUUGGCGUACGAGACUCAUCAGUAGCGCUGGUCGCGGUCUACAGGUCUCAAGCACCAUUCGAACAAAUACCGUGCCAAACAGUCAUCCGAACCACGCCAGCUCAGCUGUAAACUAUGAAACCAUGAGCCACCCGUCGGGCCUCGGUGCCGCUGCCGAAGGAAAUGUAUGGGAUUCAGAGGUCAGUACCAUAAUUCCGUUGUGCGUUGCGACGCCGCUCGUACAGGCAUACUGA